AUGGACGCAUCAAUCCAAAUAACUCUGCCACCAGUAUCGGCUCUCUCCUCCUCAGCUCUUUCAUUUCUCAACAGUGAACAAGAUCUCAGCCAAGCACGAAGCUUUUUCAACGAGCUUCAGUCUCAGUGUUUCGAAUUGGAGCAAACCCUAAUCGACCUCAAUUCCAGACUCCAUUCCACUUUUCUCUCUUACGCUUCCUCCUCCGAUGGAAUUCUUCUCCUUUUCCAUGAUGCCUCUUCCAAGUUGACCGAUCUAUAUGGACAACGAAGGAAAGAGGAGAUAUUGGGCGAGGACCUACCCGCGCUGGCCAAGGAGGUGGCUAGAGUCGAAAUGGUUCGGGCCUAUGCCGGCUUGUAUGUAUUUGUUGCACAAUUUGAGGAUGGGUUGUUUUCUGUGGUAAAUCUCUGA